AUGAGUGCCUCCGGACAGGGUGCACCGAUCGUGAACGAGCUCCUCGCCUUUCUGCAACAGAAGCUGCUGCUGGAAGGAGUGAUGGACACGGUGUCUGCUGUCCAGAUCUGUUCGUCGAGUUUUUCCGUCGAAGAUAUCUGUGCAGCAAAGAAGGUGCUGCACGAGUCCCUCGGGAUCGCCGGCACGUAUGUACCUCACCGGAGAGGAGAUGAAACCGGGAAGAAGACCCUCGAGAACAUCAUUAACGUUCUAAGGGAGAAUGAAGACCUGAUUCCGGAGUUUGCGACGACGGGUGCUUCCAGCCUGCCGUCCUAUAUUCCGGAUCAUGUCGACGUUAGCUGCUUGUUGAAGGAAAUCGUGGCCCUAAAAACAAGUCUAGCAGAUGUCAUUUCGAAGUUUGAUGCGGCCCAGGUCACUAUAACCGAGUUACGCAACGAAGUCAUCAGUUUGCGAAACAGUGCCCUUACUCGGUCGGCGGCGUCGAAUUUCAAGAGCGAUGACCGGCAAGCCACGAGCGCCGAGUCGGUCAGUUUGCAUGUUGCUGACACUGUAAAAUGUGUCGCAUCAGCUGUGUUGCCGCCCGCGAGCCUCCCGCGCGCGCGCCCUCCCCCCGCCUCCUCCAAAUCACGUCAUCGUGUUUACGCGGAUGUCGUCGCCGGUCCGAAAGUCGCAUCGAACCGGGUUAGUGUACCUGUAAAGGGUACUGAAGAUCGAGCGGCUCCCAAGGAGAAGCUCCCUGUUGCCAGUGUGGAUGAGGAGGAUUUCACACUGGUAUCGAGAAAGAAGAAGGCGCGCACGGCGCCUCGUAAGACUCAGUGUGGUACCGCCGAACCGGCUAAUUCUGGCUUGCGGAUUGCUACACCGAGUAAGGCGCUGUACGUAUCGCGCCUGCAUUAUACCGCCACGGCUGCUGAAGUGGUGGAAUAUGUACACCAGAAGACCGGCUACACGCUGAGGACCUUGAGACAAGGAGAGUCUUCGAUUGAUGACUUUGGUCAAAAAUUGUCGAAAAUGUUUGUAGAUCUCACGAUCGCGCAAUCAGACGUAGAGGGUACGUUCGAGGGCGUGGCUCUUAUAGGGGGCAACCACACUACUCUUCAGGCGCAAGGACGCUACACAACCCAGGACAUUCGGCAACAGGAGCAUCAUACAACUACAGGAGCCGAGGAGCUGGCAGAGGAGGCUACCAGUUCCAGAGCAAUCACCGCACAUAGGUUGGAAAUCACGAUUUAG